CCCAGCGCCGCUAUGCGCCUGGCUGCGCUGCUGGCUGCGCUGCGGCCCGUGCUGCCGCUUGUCCUGGGCCUCUCUCUCGGCUGCAGCCUGAGCCUGCUGCGAGCCUCCUGGAGCCAGAGCGGAGGCGAGGAGCAGUGCUCGGGGCCGCCGGGCCGGGCCGAGCCUCUCGCCGGCGGAGCGCGUCCGGAGGAGGCGGAUGGAGGGCCGGGCCCAGGCCAUGAGGACUUCAGGCCUCGUAUUGUGCCGUAUUACAGAGACCCCAACAAGCCUUACAAAAAAGUGCUCAGAACCCGCUACAUCCAGACAGAACUGGGCUUCCAUGAGAGACUGUUUGUGGCUGUGUUGACCUCCAAGGCUACCCUGAACACACUGGCAGUAGCUGUGAACAAAACCGUGGCCCAUCACUUCCCACGCCUGCUGUACUUCACUGGACUGCGCAGUGCCAAGGUGCCUCACGGCAUGGUGCUGGUGGCCCAUGGGGAUGAGCGUCCCAUUUGGCUCAUGUAUGAGACCAUGCACUACAUCCAUCAGCAUUUUGGAUCGGACUAUGAUUGGUUCUACAUCAUGCAGGAUGACACCUAUGCCCAGGCUGAACAGGUCAAGGCUCUGGUGACACACCUGAGUAUUAACCAAGAUGUCUACUUGGGACGAGCGGAGGAGUUCAUUGGUGGGGAUGAGCAGGCGCGGUACUGUCACGGUGGCUUUGGCUACCUGAUCUCCCGCAGCCUGCUGCUGAAGCUCCAUCCACACCUGGACAGCUGUCGCAAUGAGAUCCUCAGUGUGCGGCCAGAUGAGUGGCUAGGGCGGUGUAUCAUCGAUUUCCUUGGCAUCGCUUGUGUUUCCCAGCUCCAGGGCCAGCAUUAUCACACUUAUGAAUUAGCCAAAAAUACUGAGCCAGAGAAGGAGGAGGAAGAGGAAUUCCAGGCAGCUCUAGCUGUGCACCCUGUGUCCGACAUGACCUUGAUGUACCGGCUGCACAAGCGCUUCAGCAGGAUCCAGCUGGACAGGGCCUACCAGGAGAUCCAGGACCUCCAGAUGCAGAUCAGGAACUUGACUUCACUGACCCCUGCAGGCGAGGCAGGCUUGACCUGGCCAGUGGGCAUUAAUGCCCCAUUUCUUCCAAAGUCACGUUUUGAGGUAAUCAGCUGGGACUACUUCACUGAGCAGCACCUCUUCUCCUGCCCAGACGGGUCCCCAAAGUGCGAGCUCUCUGGAGCCAGCAAAGCAGAUGUCAGUGAGAUCAUUGACUCUGCACUGGAGCAGCUGAACCGUCGCUACCAGCCGCUGCUCCGCUUCAGCAAGCGGCAGCUGCUGAACGGCUACCGGCGCUUCGACCCCACGCGGGGCAUGGAGUACACACUGGACCUGCUGCUGGAGGCAGUCACCCAGAAGGGCCACAGCCACGUUCUGGCCAAGCGAGUCAGCUUGGUGCGGCCCCUAAGUAAGGUGGAAAUUAUUCCCAUGCCGUAUGUGACCGAGGCCACACGGGUACAACUGGUGCUUCCCCUGACAGUGCAGGACCUGGAUUUUGUGGCAAACUUCCUGGAUGUGUUUGCUAUGAACACAUUGGACACACAUGAUAAUGCCUUGCUGACUUUGCUUUUCAUCUACCACCCCUACGAUGCCCAGCGAGUCAGUCAGGUGGAUGUUUUUGCUGGAGUCAAAGCCAUGGUAGGGGAGCUAGAGAAACGCUAUGCAGAAGUUAAAAUCCCCUGGAUUAGUGUUAAAACAGAGGUGCCGUCGCAAGUGAAGCUCAUGGACAUAGUCUCAAAGAAGCACCCUGUGGACACACUCUUCUUCCUGGCCAGCGUCUGGACGGAGAUCAACAUGGAGUUCCUGAACCGCUGCCGCAUGAACACCAUCAGCAACUGGCAGGUGUUUUUCCCAGUGCACUUCCAAGAGUUCAACCCCGCACUGGUGUACCGCAGCGAGCAGGCCGCGUCCUCUGGCACAGACUUCCUGCGGGACGGGCACUUCGACAGGCACUCCUUCGCUGAGGCCUGCUUCUACAACUCAGACUACAUGACAGCACGGACCAAGCUAGCAGCUGACAUCCUAGACCAAGAUGAGGUACUGGAGAGCAUGGAGGUGUUUGAUGUCUUCCUCCACUAUUCUGGUCUGCACCUGUUCAGGGCUGUGGAGCCAGGGUUGGUGCAGAAAUAUGCUCUGAGGAGCUGUAACCCCCGGCUUAGUGAGGAGCUGUACCACCGCUGCGUGCUCAGUAACCUGGAAGGACUCGCGUCCCGCUCGCAUUUAGCCAUGGCCCUCUUUGAGCAGGAACAGGCCAACAGCACUUGAGAAACUAGAAACAUGGCGAGCUUCUCAGCACCUUAACACUUGGCACUUUCCAUCCCCUUCCCAGCCUUGCCAUGGGUGGAUGGCAUGUGAGGUGAAGGGAGGAGUUAGACUUUUCCAGCCCUGCUCACAGGCAUAGGCUACCGAGGGAGGCUGUUUCUGUGGGGAGG